AAAGAGGACGUCACUUGGUGGCCUCCCAGGACAUUGUGCCAGGACAGAACCUGUUGAAAGAGGAGGCCUUUAGUGGGACAGCUGCCACUGUCAGGGCAUCACAGCCAAUCCCAAGUGGCCAAGAGAUUUUCCAUUGCUAUGGGCCUCACCGAUGCAGAAUGCACGUUGCUGAGAGACAGCAGCUUCUCAGGCAGUAUUUCUUUGAGUGUCGCUGUCAGGCAUGCCUUGAUGAGUUAGAAUCUGAUGUCAAGAGUGUGGUGUCCGUGAGAAACUCAUUCUGCUGUCCUAGCUGCCGGGCUUCCAUGCAGGGGGAAGACAUGCUUUGUUGUUCAAAUGAAGCUUGUGCAAUCUCAGUCAGCAGACAGAGCCUGUCGCGCCGUUUACAGGACCUUCAGCAGCAAAUCAAGGAAGCAUUAGAGCUGCUAAGAGACAGGAAGGCUGAUCAGGCUAUCAAAAUGCUCCUGAAGUGUCAGAUGGAUGCUGGAAACUUCUUGUCUCCAGAGCAUUUGCUGAUGGGAGAGAUGGAGGAUCAUCUGGCACAGGUCUAUGCUACUCUAGGAAAGUGGCAGGAUGCAGCCAGACACCUGCAGAGGAGUAUUGAGAUUGUGGAAAUGCAUCAUGGGCCAUCAAGUAUAGAAAUGGGUCAUGAACUUUUCAAGCUGGCACAAGUUCUCUUCAAUGGAUUUGCAGUUUCUGAAGCUCUGAGCACGAUUCAAAGAGCAGAGAAGAUUUUGUCAGUGCACUGUGGUCCUCAGAGUACUCAGAUCCAGGAACUACAAGAGAUGAGGACCUGUCUGUUAGAGCUUCCCAGAAGCAUCCUUCAGAGGACUUAAUUUCCCUGUCAAAGGAAGCUGCAAUGUGAUCUUUCAUCAAAGCUAAGUUUCAUGUGGUAUGGUAGUCAUGUAGUACAAGCAGGAAAAUCAUGUGUAACAACAACUUGAAUGAAAUCUGAAAUGCUUUUUAGUGAGACCGUUGUAAAUAAAAUGACCAAUUCUAACAUGA